AUGCACGCCAUAUGCUCCGACCGGCGAUGUAGUAUAGCCAUCAAAUUAUCGUAUCUACUGCCGUUCAUCAUUUGCAGCCCAACAUUUCUAGUGUUUGAAAUACUGGAAACGAAAGUCGUCGAAAACGGUACUGUGGCCACGUUGUACCAUUUGGGCUUGAGCACCAUAGCAAGGGUGAACCAUGAAUUAUUGUACAUGAUACAUCUGUGGACAUAUGCUGUGAUCAUCAAACUACUGCCUUGCCUAAUACUAACCGUCGUUACCAUAUCUCUGAUAAACGCGUUGAGUGAAGCAUCUGAAAGGAAAGCAAAGCGACUUCCGACCCAGCAACAAAUGGCUCGUAUAAGGAAUAUGAAACUUAAGAAAAGGAUGGAUCGAACUAGCCGUAUAAUGAUUGCGGUGUUGUUAUUAUUUCUUGCCACGGAGUUCCCGCAAGGAAUACUGGGUCUACUAAGUGGCAUACUGGGAAGGGGUUUUUUUCAAACAUGUUAUAGUCUAUUUGGCGAGCUUAUGGACAUGUUAGCUCUCUUGAAUGCGUCGUUAAACUUUGUAUUUUAUUGUUGCAUGAGCAAACAGUUUCGUGUAGCUUUCGGUCAAUUAUUCAAAGCCCAGCCUAGCAUUAUGUUUAAGCCCAACAAUAUUUUGGAGACAUUCGUAUAG